AUGAGGUUUCCGCCUCCGGAAGCCGUCGCCUCGUGGCCGCCGCCCAACUACGUUGAUCCGCAGACCCGGGGUCCUGCGCUCAUCAUCGUCGUGAUCGCCCUCUUCUCGGUGGUCUUGGUCUGCCUCAGUCUGCGCCUUUACGUCCGGCUCGGGAUCAUGAACAAGUCCGGGUUGGAUGACUGGCUGAUGGUGGUAGCCGCGAUCCUCGGGCUCGGAGUCACCACCUGCGUCCUCCUGGCCGUUGACCGCCACGGCUGGGACAUGCAUGUCUGGGACCUCACGCUGGACAAGGUAAUCGCCGGACGUCAGGUCUCGUUCGCGGCCCAGGGUUUGUUCAUCUUGGGCACCUGCUUCGCCAAGGUGUCGAUUCUCGUCAGCUACCUGCGCCUGGCGCCCGCGCAGUCUUGGUUCCGCCGCAUCACCUGGAGGUACGCUGACAAGCGAGGCUCAGUUGUGGUGAUUGGGUUCGUCGUGGCGACCAACGUGUCCUUCUUUGUCGUCCUGUUUACGCAGUGCAAACCGAUCUCGAGCUACUGGAACCUCGAGUACUCGAACCGCGACUGCAUCGACGAGUCGUACACCAUCGUCACGCACGCCAGCCUGACCGCCUGCGCCGACGCGCUGAUAUGGCUGCUGCCGCUGCCGUCGCUGUACCGGGCCAAGCUCCCGCUGGCGCAGCGGCUCUCGCUGAUGGUGCUGUUCAGCUUCGGCCUGGUCGUCGUCUUCGCCGCGAGCAUCCGCAUCUACCUGCUGCACUACGUGCUCGACGAGACGUACGACGUCACCUGGGACGCCUACCACAUGUGGCUCGUCACCGCCGUCGAGAUCCAGCUCGGCAUCAUCUGCGGCUGCGUGCCCUGGCUCAAGUCGCUGUUCAACUUCUGGCGCAGCCGG